AUGGGAUGCACAGCCUCCAAGCUCGACAGUGAGGACGCCGUUCGUCGGUGCAAGGAGCGCCGCCGUCUCAUGAAAGACGCCGUUUACGCUCGUCACAAUCUCGCCGCCGCUCACUCAGACUACUGCCGCUCCCUUCGUCUCACCGGCUCCGCCCUGUCCUCCUUUGCCUCCGGCGAGCCCCUCUCCGUCUCUGACAACACUCCCGCUGUUUUUCUCCGCCCCUCCAACCACGAUGCUCCACGUGUCCCUUCCCCCAAACCCAAUCAGAACCUUUCUCGGCGCCGCCGCAAGCCAUGUCAUCCACACCCUAGGCUUCCCCACAUUCUCUCCGAGUCCUCUCCGUCUUCCUCCCCUGUCAGCGAGCGCUCUUUCUAUCCGACUGCUUUCCAGAACAACUCCACUUACUCCCGCUCUCCUUCUCAAGCUUCCUCCGUCUGGAACUGGGAGAAUUUCUACCCUCCCUCUCCCCCAGGCUCCGACUUCUUCGAACGCAAAGCUCGGGAGAAGCAGCCUCCACGGAGCCACUACGACGCAGAAACUGAGAUAUCGGAGCGCGAGGAAGUUCACUGCAGUGAGUGGGGCGACGACCAUGACCGCUUUACUGCCACCACUUCGUCUGACGGAGAUGGCGAGGGCCACACUAACGCUUCCAGAUCCGGUUUUGAGCCGCAUGCUCCUCCUGCACAGCCUGUGCAAGAGCAGAGUGAGAGUGCCCACAGGCACGAUGAUUUCACUUCGUCCGACAGCUACAAGACGAAACUGGUGGUAAAACACAAGGAUUUGAAGGAGAUCCUCGACGCUGUUCAAGACUACUUCGACAAGGCUGCCUCCGCUGGGGACCAGGUCUCCGCCAUGCUUGAGAUCGGCCGGGCUGAGCUCGACCGCAGCUUCAGCAAGCUAAGGAAGACGGUGUAUCACUCAAGCAGUGUGCUCAGCAACUUGAGCGCCAACUGGACCUCAAAACCGCCUUUGGCAGUGAAAUACAAGCUCGAUGCAUCUACCCUGAAUGAAGAGGGCGGCCUCAAGAGCCUUUGCUCCACUCUUGACCGAAUCCUGGCCUGGGAGAAGAAGCUCUACGAGGAAGUCAAGGCAAGAGAGGGAGUUAAGAUUGAGCACGAGAAGAAGCUGUCCGCGUUGCAGAGUCAGGAGUACAAGGGAGGCGAUGACUCCAGGCUAGACAAGACCAAAACUUCCAUCACCAGAUUGCAAUCACUCAUCAUUGUUACUUCAGAAGCUGUUUUAACCACGUCUAAUGCCAUUCUCCGCCUUCGGGACACUGACCUUGUGCCUCAGCUUGUUGAACUCUGCCACGGGCUAAUGUACAUGUGGAAGUCAAUGCACGAGUACCACGAAAUCCAGAACAACAUCGUCCAGCAAGUCCGUGGGCUGAUGAACCAAACAGAGAGAGGUGAGUCAACAUCACAAGUCCACAGGCAGGUGACGAGGGACCUGGAGUCAGCCGUCUCCUUGUGGCAUACGAGCUUCUGUCGCAUCAUCAAAUUCCAGAGGGAGUUCAUAGGCGCCCUACACGCCUGGUUCAAGCUCAGCCUGGUUCCCCUGAGCAACGAACAAGACCCAAAGAAGCGGUCGGAGUCAUUUGCCUUGUGUGAGGAGUGGAAGCAGAGCCUGGAACGGGUGCCUGACACGGUGGCGUCAGAAGCCAUAAAGAGCUUCGUAAACGUGGUGCAUGUGAUAUCAAUAAAGCAGGCAGAAGAGGUGAAGAUGAAGAAACGCACGGAGAGUGCAGGGAAGGAGCUGGAGAAGAAGGCAUCCUCACUGAGGAGCAUAGAGAGGAAGUACUACCAGUCCUACUCCACCGUUGGGAUAGGCCCUGGACCGGAGGCCCUGGACGCGAGGGACCCGCUUUCUGACAAGAAAUCGGAGCUGGCGGCGUGUCAGAGGCAGGUGGAGGAGGAGGUGAUGAGGCAUGUCAAGGCGGUGGAGGUUACAAGGGCAAUGACUCUCAACAAUCUUCAAACCGGCUUGCCCAAUGUCUUCCAAGCCUUGACCAGCUUCUCAUCUCUCUUCACUGACUCUCUUCAGACCGUCUGUUCUCGUUCCUACUCCACCAACUAA